CAGGAGAUCUUGAAUGGACUUCAAACAAAUUCAAUAGAAACUCAUGAGCAGCGCCAACAAGUGGCGAACGAUCUUGAAGUCAUCACAUCAGUUUCAGCGGAUCUUACAACAACGGAUGUCACUCAGACAUCUGAAGCUCUGACAGAGAUUGUCAACACAACUACACUUACUCCAGAGACAUCGAGUUCCGUUGUAGCAACUGUUGGAAAUUUACUUGAAGUUCCUGAAGAUCAAUUACAAGAGAGCGGUCAAACCCAAGAGAUCCUGGCAACAUUGGAUUUAGUUGGUGAGAAGGUGGAAGUGGCUGAGGGAGAGGAAUAUACAGAAGUAAGCGGCAGUGUUGCCAUUGCUGUUGUACAUCCUACUCAAGAUGACGCAAACAGGGGUAUAGGAUAUGGAGUAACAAAUUUAUCGAUUAAAAAUCUGAAAGGAUUCAGAUCUGACCAACUCGCAACAUUUUUUGAGAAGCCUCAUUCAAACAUGACUUCAUACAUUACUGUACCUGGCUCUGCAACAAAUGAUCUAGCAGAUCGAAGAAUCAGUUUUUUGGCUUUUCCUGAUGACAAAUUGUUCCGUUCCAAUUCUCCGAGUACAUUUACUACGUUUAACAAUGUCACUGUUAAUUCUGAUGCUGUGUUGUCGGCUACUGUGGUCAAUGCAAGUGGACCUUUGAAUAACCUUGAUCCACCUGUUGAAUUGGGUUUUAGUAUCACUGAGGGUUUGAUUGCAGGUAGAAGUGUUUGUGUUUAUUGGGAUGAAGUGACACUUACUUGGUCAGAUGUGGGUUCUGUAAUCACCAAUUCCUCAAACACCACGUUGACUUGUACAUUUAACCAUCUCACCAACUUUGCAACUUUGUUUUUGCCUGGAGAUGAUACCAGCAUCAGUAAUUCACAUGUUCUUGAUAUCUUGACUGUGGUUGGUUGUUCCAUCUCCGGUGCCUCUUGUCUCCUCCUCAUUCUCAUCUUCAUCUUUGUUCCGUGAGUUUACAGUGUUGCCACUUUAUUUUUCCCAGUGUUGCCAUUUUUCACAGCUUUAGAAUGAGAAUAUAUGUUAUUAAAAAACAUGGGCAAAAAACAUAAUUUUUAAUUAUUUAGGCACUUUAACUUUAACAGAAUUGACCAAGAUUGUUUGCCAAUAUGUUCAUUAAAACUAUGUUUUAAACAGUAUCAUAAUCACGUAAUAAUAAAUGAGGGUAUAAACAAUUUUAAACAUUGGAAGAGGUGCUGGUUUCAGUUAAUUACAAUCCAGCUAAUUUGUGAUCAGGAUUACAUCAGUUCAAAAUAAAAUACCUAGUUGAUUUUUUUUUAGGUUUAAUAUUA